AUGGAAAAGUUGUAUCAAGAAAGUAAUGGUAUUCUUCACAAUGUUCAAAUGUUUCUUGGACAAUUGGAACGGUCCGGAAAUGAGAGCGAAGCUCAUAAGCUAAUGCAAGACAUCCACAGCGGAUUAAGAGGUUUAGAGCAAAAUACGGAACGAUUGGACAUAUUAGUAAGCAAGGAAGUUCCUGCAAGGCGACCUAUGUUAAGAGUCAAAAUUGAUCAGCUGAAAGCAGACUCUCAGAGGGUGGAGUUAGCAACAAGUACCAUGUACACUAGGCUAACCCAAAAGUGGAGAAGUGCUACUGAGAGAGAAGAGCUUUUGAAACAGCGUUACCGUCCAAAUGAGUCGACCACUGUAAAUGUUGAUGAUAUGGAAUUGGCAAUGAAUGAUCGUCUUCAUUCUUCUCAUAACCAAAUGGACGAUCUGAUUUCUCAAGGUGCCGCAGUCCUGGAAAGUCUGAAAUCUCAAGGAAUGGGAUUGAAAGGUGUCCGCAGAAAGAUGAUGGAUAUCGGCGCAGCGCUCGGUUUAUCCAGUACGACGCUGAAGAUGAUAGACAGAAGAGUACAAGAAGAUUGGGUAAUCUUUCUUGUAGGAUGCGUGGUUACAUUGCUUUUCAUGUAUGUCUUCUAUCGAUUCUGGAAAAGUUGA